UGAUUAGUUAUUUGGGAGAUUGUAAAUUGCAAAGUCGCUAAGGCGAAGGAGGGGGUUUAUAGCGCAGUAGGGUAAAAAGGCAAACCAGAUGGCGUACUAUCAAAGCAUCAAAUGAGUUCCUACCCCGCCAAAAUUCUUGAUGCUCAUCCCUCCUUCAAAGGAAACGGUAAAUUGGUGGCGCCGCGACUUUUUUUUUUGGUCUCCUGCGAGAUUUCUUCCCUGGAGAAAUAAUAACCAACAUCGACGGCCUGUCUGGCCAAUAAAAUCUUGAACAUCAGAAAGGGCCGACCCUCGGUCUUACACGAGACAGCCACGAUGAGCAACCAAACCCUGGUGCCGUACAAGGCCGAGUUCCUCAAGGCCGCCAUCGGCGGCGGGGUCCUCAAGUUCGGCAGCUUCGAGCUCAAGUCCAAGCGCGUGUCGCCCUACUUCUUCAACGCGGGCGACUUCUACCGCGCGGACCUGCUGCGGGCCAUCUCGACGGCCUACGCCCGGGCCGUCAUCGAGGCGCGCGAGCAGGCCGGGCUCGAGUUCGACGUCGUCUUCGGGCCGGCCUACAAGGGCAUCCCGCUGGCCACGGCCACGACGGACAAGCUGGCCGAGCUCGACCCGGCGCGCUACUCGGAGGUCUGCUACUCGUUCGACCGCAAGGAGGCCAAGGACCACGGCGAGGGCGGCAACAUUGUCGGCGCGCCGCUCAAGGGAAAGCGGGUCCUGAUCGUCGACGACGUCAUCACGGCCGGCACGGCAAAGAGGGAGGCUAUCGCCAAGAUCCGCGCCGAGGGCGGCGUCGUUGUCGGCAUUGUCGUCGCCCUGGACCGCAUGGAGAAGCUGCCGUCGCCCGACGGCGACGACAGCAAGCCCAUGCCCAGCGCCCUGGGCGAGAUCAAGAAGGAGUACGGCCUGCCCAUAAUCGCUAUCCUGACGCUCGACGACAUCAUCGACGGCAUGAAGAGCUUCGCGUCCGAGGACGAGAUCAAGCGGACCGAGGAGUACAGGAAAAAGUACAAGGCAACUGAUUAGAGACUGUGCGGGCUGGAAGUCAAAUGGGGAAGAGGUAAAAAGAGAAAAAGACUGUAAAAAGCGCCAUCUAUCGCCGCCCAACAAUGUCUAGCUGGACCCAUCGUGAGCCCGAGUCCCCUCGCUUUAGCAACGCCAUAACGCCUUGUAGAGUAGAGCCACCGUUUAGAAGUCCAGGGGAACGAAAAGGAGGGAAUAUGCGGGGGACGUGAAAAGAGAAGUGUAGUGUCUGACGGGUGGCGGUGAAAAACUGUCCUGCGAGACAGUGCCAUGCUUGAUUGUGUUAGAUUGGCGUGAUCUUGGCAAUGCCGGCCAACUGGAAAGCCUGUGAAGAUUGAAUAAGUAUGGUGGCUUGGCUAUGGUGAGGGUCCAGCUUGAGCUUACCAUGUCAUGCCAGCCACCUCCUCCAAAUUGGCACUUGCUCGGCCCGACGUGUUGAAAGCCAAAGCGUUUGUAGUAGUUGACCAAGUUCUGGAGACGCUAGUCAAUACACAACGUUUCAACAGACAGCCCGAAAUAUGGCG